AAGAUACCAGGAAAAGAACGACAAGGCAUUAGCGGUCGGCAUUUCUUCAAAUUCCCUUAACCAAUAUCCCAAUUUCCUCACCGGAAACCUCCUGAAACGUAUUUGAUGGUUCUUGAAGAAAGUCAGAAUCUUUAAGUUAAGUGUCCUUCAUCUUAUAUAUUAUUAUUCCUUACUUGUACUUGACUCCUUCAAGGAUAGAGCCACAAUCUGGAUUGUCAAAUAUCUCUUAUUUUGUAGCUGCAAAUAAGGUCUCUUUUCUGUACUACUGUUUUUCCCUCUGAAUUAGGAUAUCUCCUGGUUUGGAGGGAAAUAAACGGGGAUUUCUUGGUAUAAUUUGCGGGCUUUCCAUUUCUUAGGUAUCUGUGUGUUAUUGAAGAGAUAAAAGAGUUUGGUUCUUCGAGUUGUUUGUGUGUGGUUUUGAUUAGUUGCCAGAGUUUUUACGAGAUAUUUUUUUUUUUUUUGUGGGUUUUUGUUGUUGUCCUACAUUCGAGCUUGUUUCUAGUUGGUGAAUCUAUUUGUGCUCAAUUGGAUUGGCUCGCUGCUAGAGUCGAAAGUUUGAAGCUUUAUAAAAUUGUGAUUUUGUUCUUGAAGGUCUGAGUCUAAAGGUGCUAAUUGUUUUUCUCAUAAAAGAAAGAAGGGGAUUCACCCGCUUAGUUUUCCUGGAUUGAAUUGGUUUUAAAUGUUUGGGGUCGAAUUAACAUUUUAAGGUACUUUGUGAACGUGAAUAUUAGUUUAGCUUGAGACGUAUUGUAUAGACAAUGGGGAGGCGAAGUAUGAAGAACAAACAAUCAGGAGGUAAAUCUGGCGGAUCCAACGUGAAGCACAGUAAAGGAAAUGGGAAUAGCCCAAGAGCUUAUGACAAGGACACUGCAGUCUUCAUUUCUAUGUCACAUGACCUGAAGGAUGAAGGAAAUAAGUUGUUUCAAAAGAGGGACCAUGAAGGAGCUAUGUUGAAAUAUGACAAGGCAAUAAAAUUGCUCCCCAGAAAUCAUACAGAUGUAUCCCAUCUGCGGAGUAAUAUGGCUGCGUGUUAUAUGCAGAUGGGCCUGAGCGAGUACCCUAGGGCUAUCCAUGAGUGCAAUUUAGCUCUUGAAGUCACCCCUAAGUACAGUAAGGCACUCUUGAAGAGAGCUAGGUGUUAUGAGGCUCUGAAUAGGUUGGAUUUGGCCUUGAGAGAUGUUAAUUCAGUGCUGAAGAUGGAGCCUAACAAUCUUAUGGCAACUGAGAUUUAUGAAAGGUUGAAAAGAACAAUAGAGCAAAAAGGUUCGACUGCAAAUGACAUUCCUGUAGAUCUGGUCCCAUUUCCUGAAUCUGUUGAACCACCUUUUACUUCAGAUCCAAUAGAGAUUUUGAAAGAGAAAGUCCAAAAGAAGAAAAUCAACAAAAUAGAAGAAAAGAAGGUAGGUGACAAGAAUGAAGGAGCGGAAGGUGCUAUAGAAGUUGAAAAGAAUUCUGAGCCGGAGAUUAAUGCAACAGAGACUGAGAGCAAAUUUGAGGAGGAAGUUGAGGACAAGAUCGAGGAGAAGAAAGCUGAAGAUAAAUUGGUGGUGGAGGAAAGAAGAACUAGCAUCACUGAUAAAGAGCCUAAGCAGACAAUAAAAUUAGUGUUUGGAGAAGAUAUAAGGUGGGCCCAGAUUCCUGCUAAUUGUAGCAUUUUGCAGCUAAGGGAGGCUAUAAGUGACCGGUUCCCAGUAUCGAGAGCUGUUCUUAUGAAAUACAGGGACCAAGAAGGUGAUUUGGUCACAAUCACUAAUACUGAGGAACUAAGGUUGGCUGAAGCAGCUGCUGAUCACGGUUCUUUCAGGUUGUAUGCCGUGGAAGUUAGUCCAGAGCAAGAUCCAUUUUAUGAGAAGGUAAAAAGGAAAGAAGAGAUGCACACACUUGACAUUAAAGAAACCCAAAAGAUGCAAAAUGGAAAUUUGGGAAGAAGUAUGGAGUUUCUAAAUAGACCAUUUUGUAUUGAGGAUUGGAUCAUCCAGUUUGCUUACCUAUUCAAGAACUAUGUUGGAUUUGAUCCUGAUUCUUACUUAGAUCUGCAUGAGCUUGGAAUGAAGCUCUACUCUGAGGCUUUGGAAGAGACAGUCACAAGUGAAGAGGCACAAGACCUGUUCAACAUGGCUGCUGAGAAGUUUCAGGAGAUGGCUGCUUUGGCUUUGUUCAACUGGGGGAAUGUACAUAUGUCAAGGGCCAGGAAGAGAGUUUACCUCACUGAAGAUGCUUCAAGGGAGUCUGUGUUAGAGCAGGUGAAAAAUGCAUAUGGUUGGGCACAAAAGGAAUACUCCGCAGCUGGUAAGAAAUAUGAAGAAGCACUUCUUAUCAAGCCAAAUUUCUAUGAAGGCAUUCUAGCUCUUGGGCAGCAACAGUUUGAGCAGGCAAAACUUUCAUGGUAUUACGCGAUUGGGACAAAUGUUAAUUUGGAAUUGUGGCCUUCUACAGAAGUUCUUCAGCUUUACAACAAUGCUGAGGAAAAUAUGGAAAGGGGUAUGCAGAUGUGGGAGGAAGCAGAAGAACUGCGUUUAUUUAAUCUGCACAACCCAAAUAAAAUCAAAGCCAUGUUGCAGAAAAUGAAGUUGGAUGACAUGUUCACGGACGUGUCAGAAGAUGAAGCUACCGAGCAGGCAACAAAUAUGAGGUCUCAGAUAAAUCUGUUGUGGGGUACCAUGCUUUAUGAAAGAUCAAUAAUGGAAUUCAAGCUAGGGCUUCCUGUUUGGCAAGAAUGUUUGGAGGUUGCUGUAGAAAAGUUUCAACUUGCUGGGGCUUCUCCAACAGAUAUUGCUGUUAUGAUAAAAAAUCACUGUUCCAAUGAUACUGCAUCAGAAGGCUUGGGAUUCAACAUUGAUGAGAUAGUACAGGCAUGGAAUGAGAUGUACGAAGCAAAAAGGUGGCAGAGCGGUAUUCCUUCUUUUCGCCUGGAACCAUUGUUGAGGCGACGAGUUUCUAAGCUUUUUUAUGCCCUUGAGCAUGCAUAAGCUUUUGCUGAUUGCACUCCUUGGGAAGCUGAAAAGACUUUUUAAACUACUCGUCACUGUUAUCACUCUAGUGCUUGCAGACCAUGUUUUUGAUGCUGUAUCAGCUGUUGCUGCCCACAGCUCUUGUAUCCACUUGGAAAAUGCAUCCCAAUAGUAUGACAGCCAUGUUUUUGUAUCUCACAUAGGACGACGAGCUUUUUUGUUUCAUUCUUGGGCAAGAUGUAGUGGCAGAGAUUUCGUUUUUGCUUUGUUUCUGCUCGGCCAUCUUUGCCUCUCCGUUAUAAGUUCAUCAUGACCCUUUACUCCUUUAGAUAGUAGUGUCUCUUUUUUCUUUUUUCUUUUAAAAAAUUUUUUUUCUAUAGAGUGUGAUUUUGCUGGUUUGUCAUUCUUGACCUACAAAAUGUCGGUUGUUGUAAUGCAGUGUGCAUAUCAGUGUGUGGGAAAGAAAAGACAGUUGUACUAAAUUCAUAGGAUGAGUAUAGACAUAUCUUCUUAUAUAUUAUUAUUCGGUUAUUUUAA